AUGGCAAAUUUUAAAUUAUUUUUGUUUAUAACCGUCAUAUUUUUUACUAAUGCGGACGAAGAUUUGAAGGAUUUUGAAUUUUCGGAGCCUCACGAGCUGUUGAUUGCCCAAGAGUCCAGAAAUUAUGAGACAGUGGUCAAACCUCCUGUGAGGAUAGUAAAACCGAAUGGUGUGACAAAUUCCCAUAGGCCACAAUAUAAUCUGGACUCGUUGGAAGAUGUUAAUUUUGAGACCACUAAGCGACCUGUAGUCAAAAAUUAUAAGUUAAGAAAAAAUAAGGAAGGCAUGAUUAGAGAGGCAGUUCUGCGAGCGUUGGAACGGAAGGACCAUGUGGGGAAAUUUGCUCAGAUCCUGCCCAUCAUCAGGGCGAUGUCAGGAAACCAGAGGGUGGCGCUGGCUUCGUUGGUGGCCAGUCAAGUUACUACACCCCCUGGAAGGCAGCCAUUAAGUCUUUCUCAGGUGAGAUCAAUGUUCAGUAACGACACUGCAGACUUGAUGCUACCAAUUUUACUAGACACAGCCAAUUUGAUUCGUCGCUCAAUGAGACCUGGGAAGGAACCCAGGGAAGUAAAACUACCACAAACACUGAUGCAACGAAGAUCCUUUACAGAAGACACUUUAGACGAUGACAUGUUUGAUACUGGAACAAAAGAAAGCACAACAAUACAGUCAAUCAUACAAAAAUACCGCGACCUUAGAAACAGAUCUCAAAGAGUACCAUUCACUAAAAUUAAUUCCACCAAAUUAAAUGAAAACACUGUACAAGAUAAAACAAAUAACACACAAAUAAAUGAAAAUUUAAAAGAUACGUAUAGCUUUGAUGAGAAUAAUAGAAACCUCACUAGAUCGUCAUAUUUAACAACGGAUUCAGCUAAAUUGAAAUAUGAGAGCGUAAAUCGUAUACAAGAUAACAGUACCUUAGAUCUCGAAGUAGAAGCUACCAACGUGACGCUAGUCGAAGACAUGCCAGUCGCUGAAAAGCUUCGCUCUCCCAACAGAUAUGUGGAAAGAAAAGGAAACUUCAUUCGUAGAGGUACAUUUCCGAAGCCAUCACCUCCGUCUCGUAGGACCACGCCCGAGCCAACUCUUGGACUGAUCAGACGACGACCAACCCCAGCUAGAAUAUUGGCAGUCAAUGAACAAGCCAAAUGCGAGUUAUUUACGAAUAGCCUGUGUUUGCAUUCUGAUGAUUACCCAACAGAUGCAAUAGUCCAAUCAAUAAGACGUAACAAGGCAGCAGCCGGAGCUCUUUUAGCUGAUUUUAAGGAACCUGGAGAAGGAUCAAUUGAUGGUAUCACUGCGGCUCAAGAGGAGAAGUACACCGCCGAACAUUAUUUAAUAUCUAACAGACGUGGGGAUACAUCAAAUAGAGACUUCGCGAGCGCAGGCGAGGCGGGCUUCAUGUGCCCCAGCACGGUGAAGUACGCGCGGCCCCAGCGUGCUCGCGCCACCUCGGGGCAAUGGAAGUAUAUUGUGAAUACCGGCGAGCACACGCAGACAUUGAGACUGGAGAAAUGUCUGAAACCAAAAGAAUCGUGCACGUACUUAACAGAAAAUUUCAAAUCGAAAUGCGUCCAGGUGUAUAAUUACCAUAGGCUUCUUACUUGGGAUCAACAGAACGGGCUACACAUGGAUAUAUUUAAAGUACCGACGUGCUGCUCCUGCCAUAUAGAAGGUUACAGUGUAUCAUUCCCGCCUCUAGGCCACAGAGUACACGAAACAUCAUCAGAACAUUUUCCAGGAGAAGAUUUGUCUUCUGAGCAUGGAAAUCAAGCAUUUGAAUCAGUCCAGUCGAGUAUCCAGAGACCAAAUAUAAAAACCCCACCAUUUAUGAGUAAGCCUCCAGAAUUUCCAUUUAAUGAUAAUUCUAUACCUGACUUUAGUAAAGCAAAAAUUAGUGACGAAGAAUACAACAAUCUGCCUCCAGUAGAUUCUUACGGAAAUACAUAUUUCCCAGAUUCAUUCAAUCAGGCAAGUUCGAUAAGAAAUAUUAAAAGACCACAUAGAAAUCCCAUAGGCCUUUCAAUUGAUUCGGUUACUUUACCAAGUUAUCUGGAGCCACCAACUCCAUCACCGUCGUUUCCACCCAAAGAUAAUAUAAAAUAUAAAAUUGAACAAUAUAAAAGACGUCCAAGCAGACGACCAAUACGUAAGAAGAUAUCUAGUAGUCCCGAAGAUUUACUAUCAUCGGGUUCAUCCUCCAUUGGAGCAAUUCUUAACGAUAAUAUGGAUGAAGAUUUUGAAGAAGAAGUAGAAGAAUCUGAAAUAAAAAUAAAUAAAUUUAAUCCAAGAGCAACUAUAGCUCCUAAGCUACACGCAGUAACAGAUAAAGUUUUAGAGCAAAGUAAAGUAAAAGAUGAUUCAAUAAAGAAAAUUAAUUACAAUUACCAUCCAAUAAUCGAUUUCUUUGAUGGCGAUAGAAGCGAUUCAAUUGAUAGAGAAGAUAUUGAUGAAACUUAUGUUUCAUCUGAUUCUGACUGGAAGCCAAUAAAUCCUUCAGACAAAAACACAAAUUCUUUAACACGAAAGAAACAUAAA